AAAUUUUUUAAGCACCAGAAACUUAUUUGAAAUAAGAAAAAGUAAACUACAUUUUUACCGAAAUUUUGUCACAUUGCUGUUAGGUUAAAAUUAACAGUCACAUACUGGCUGAAACAUAACUUCAAUUCAUGCAAAAAAAACCCCACCUCCGGAUGUGUGGUUUCUGUGAUUUUCCCUGCUGCGAAACAUGACUACCGAAACGUGUAUCAAAAGCAAAGCAUUUCCACACAAAAACCCCGCUGGGAUCAAUCAGAUUGGGUCAAACACGUACGGAAAUACUUUGCACAGGUCACCAUUUUAUUCUCGCGUGUUUUUUUUUUGUUCGUAGCUGGUGUCUCGGUUUUGUAGAUAUUUUUGUGUGUACAUAUGAGAACAGUUUAAAGGUUUUUCGUGUUAGGAGGAGAAAGAGAGAGAUAGUGAGUAGAUGUAUGACACACAAACAUGUAGAACAGAUUUUGUAACAUGGCAGCAAUAGGUAGAAUAAUAUAUUCUAAAAAAAAGAAAUAUAAAAAAUAAUACAACAGCGAUGGUAAAGAAAACACCCAAAUGAGGAUUAAAAAAAGUGUUCUACUACCAAGCAGAAGGCUAAACAAAAGCUUGUUUGGUCUGUAUGCCCAUGAGAUGAAUGAAAGUUUUCAAUACGCAAACAGGUUCCCGGUCCGGUUCCCGCAGGAGAACAUGUAAAGGAUUUUAUCAUACCAUCAGUCCAGCGUGAGAAGAGGAAAAAGGGCAGACGGAAAGUAAACUCACGGCCAUUAUUUUUCUGUACGCCCGCUACAACGACCGCAUGGUCAAAGUCCGCAAUUUCUGAAAUGAGAAAUGAAACGGGAAAACUGUUUUAUGACACCAACUUAUACAGUCCAUUUUAUACGUGUCCUUUGGUCGUUAUGUCAAGAUUGUGUUUGUGUGUGCGCGCGCGAGAAUGGGCCAGUGCAUGAAUAAAAGCUGUGAAGCUGAGAGAUGUGACCGCAGACGACCACUCAUUGCAUUGGUGUGUGUGUGUGCGUUUUUUUAUCGACUCAACGGACAUCAGAAAUCAUGCGGAUGAUUAGUGGGAUGGCCCCAAGGGUGAGGGCGUCCGGACCAUCAUUUCAAAGAUGAAGAAACGCCACUGAAUGGGUGGCGUGUGUAAUAAAGCCAGAAGUCCGGACAGUGUAUUAUAGUUGCUCAAUUCAAAUCAGAAUCCAUCCCUCCCGGGUGUACGAGGUUCGUGCAAUUCAUUUUAGGGUGUAAAUGAUAGCCCGAGGGCUCGCAUGAUGAGAUUGGUAGUGAAUAUACCGGGGGAUAGGGUAAACGAUACGGCAAACACCUCGCACAUGAAAGCACGGGAAAGCUUCAAUUAGAAAAAAAAACCAAAACAAAAUGGAGUCAAAAGAAGUGUACAUAUUUAUCUUUGCUACCUUUUUUUCUCCUUCUCGUUUCUUUUCUGUUUGUUGAACCCCUUUUUCUCGCUAAACUCGUACACGUUUAGUCGGUCGGGAAAGAAAAAGGGCUAGCCAACAAGCUAUUAGCCCGAGUAGAUGGUAAAUCUGUGUUCGUUCUGAGUUCAUGUUCUUACUGGCAAGUGUAGGCGUCAGCAGUCAAGGACUUUUAGACAUGCUGCAAGUCUUGUUGAUAUUUGCGCUGGCAGGCCUCUUUCGUAGUUAAGCUACUUGUAUCAGUUGCCCUGCUGCACCCCAAAACGUUUUUGUUUCACAAAAUGAACCAAAGUCGACGUCUGCGGGCGGCAGCAGAGGGACACGUGAAGUUCAGACGAAGAAUGAAAAAAAAAUACCUUAAACAUCAAAUCAUCCGAGCUGUUUUGGUUGAAGAUUCGUGUGCGGGAACUGGAUGUUUAAGAGACUCUUGCACGAAGUGCGCCGCGUAUAAUCACGACCGAUGGAUCUUAUGGUUCGCGUAAGGAACGCAUGCGUGCCCUGAUGCUGUUGUUCCAUUCCUCGUGUUUUGUUACAAUUUCCUUUUUUCAUAAGGGAAUAAAAUGAUGGUCUGAUUUAUACACACGUUAUUUUCCAUUUUAUUAUCAUCUUCAUUUUGUUGUUAUAUUUUUUUCCUCUUUUAGAAUGUUUUCAUUUUUGGUUAUAUUUUUUUACUUGAGUUGGUGCUUAUUUUAUUUGUAUUUUAUAUUUUUUACUUUUUACACAACUAAGCGCUUCUUUAUUAUAUGUAACGAUUAUUUAAACAAUUUUACACAUUUAAAAAAAAUGUCUUCGAAAUAGUAGUACUACGAGUUUUUUUUCUCUUCUCCCAUUAUCAUUUUGUCCACUAAAAGCAAAACACUGUACUCCACUGGUUGUGUAUUGCCUGAGCAGACCUGUUCCUCGUGUGCGCACUUGUAGCGUGUCGUUCUGCUGUUAUGCGAGCAAAGCGACAUUGUACGAGUGUUUGUCGGAAAAUUGCGAUAAAGAAAUCGCUCGCGUGUGGAAUGGAAUUUCCACUGCCGUUCAUCCCAAAACCAUGCCACCCAUCUUUCCCCGCGGGUCUGGCUUCGCUGGUACGGCGUGUUAAAAACAAAUAAGAAAAGCAUACCCAUAAAAUCACUCGCGCGCCAUUCACUCGAAUGCUCGGUCAAUCGCGCGUUGCCUCUCCAGUGAGUGAUGAUGAUGAUGAUGCUCGGUGGAAGAUACCUACGCGAUAACGCCCGAUAACACGCAUUGGUGUGGCGCGCGCAUGAGUGCCACUGGUCGUUUCGUUUCGCUUAAUCAAAGACCACUCACAGGAUAGCCGAAUUACUCCGUGGCGAUGAGUACCAAGGAUAUCACACGAACCGUACAGGGUGAGUUUCCGAAUGAACUCUACAGCAACCGGUAGAUGUGAAGCCCGAACCUGUAGCAAAAGUCGUCGGACAGAACGCACACCGACACAGACAAAUGCGCACACAAAGUUAUCAACAGAAGUAGACGAUUGUUCUACUGCUACCAUACCCGUUAAUGGAUGGCACGGGCAUGACAGAAAAAAAAAAACAGGUUUGAUACGAGCACCUUCAGGAAGAGCGUCCGUGGGUGACUGCCGUCAGUCGACGUUGGUUCGUCGUUUUUGCGAGUAAGGCAGGUGGACUUUUCCGCACAUGAAUAUUGAAUGUUCGACACUUUUCGUCUACCGUGGGUUCGUUACAAACUUCUAAACUGUGGUGCAUUUUCUUUGUGGGAGCGGUUUGUGAAAAUAUAAACUAAUGAUUUUGUGCGAUAUUUAUUGGUUUAGGUAAUAGUGACGUCGUUAUAAAUUGAAGUAAAUAGUGUUCUAAAAAAAAGGAAGCUUUGUGGAAAUUGUAACCCGAUGGAGGCGCAUGGUGUUUGAUGCAAUUAGCAAAAAUCGGCUUGAGUUCAAGUACGCGCGUAAAAUAAUUUCGUCUUUACUUCUUCAAAUAGUGUUCGUUAGUGUGGUGUAUUGCUUGAAGAGUUUUUUUGUGGUCCUACAACCAACGCAAGUGAAUUCGUGAAAGUGUCUAUUGCUGAGGUGGGAUAUAAUCCAAUCCAAAACGCCCUUUGAUUUCACUCGCUUCCUCUACAGGUGUGAGCGUGUCUGCAUGUAUGUGUCGUUUUAUCGGUUUCUACAGCUCAUUAGUUCUGUAAAAAAAGUGUGUGAAUAUACCGAGAAACCAUCGUGUUCACGGUGGUUAUCAGCCUAGCGGCGAGAUAUAAGUGGAGUUGAGUGCUGGCGUAUAAUUUGUCACGCGGGAGUUCCACCCAUUUGACACCAUUCGAAGGUGCGUUGACAGUUUUGCGGUUAUUUCGAAGUUAUUCCAACGCAUACGUCGGUGGUGGUUGAUUCUUUCCCUCCUCCUGCUCGCCGUACCACUUACCACUUAGUGGUAGCAGAUUUUUGGUGCAACGCGUACAACUGACUUGUGGUUUUCUGGUGUUGCAUGCUGGUUUCGGACCGCGUGCAAAGAGCGAUCGACUGAAUGGCACCGACUAUUAAUCCAGCAGCGCAUCCGAUCAAAAUGUUGCACUUUGGCAAUAACAACAAUUCCCGUGCCGGUUCGAUGCGGCGCCCGGACACUACCGCGUCCGGUUCAUCCAUGUACUCAUCAGCCGAGGAUGACACGAACGGCGAAGCAUCGACCUGUGGCCGUAUCCUGAUAUUUCUAUCCUGGGUGCUCGUCGUCCUUACGAUGCCGUUCAGCCUGCUCGUCUGCUUCAAGGUCGUGCAGGAAUACGAACGUGCCGUUAUAUUCCGAUUAGGUCGUCUGAUGCAAGGUGGCGCCAAAGGACCAGGUAUCUUCUUCAUACUGCCAUGCAUCGAUGCAUACGCGCGUGUUGAUCUGCGAACGCGAACGUACGAUGUACCACCGCAAGAGGUUUUGACAAAGGACAGCGUUACCGUGUCGGUCGAUGCCGUCGUGUACUACCGUGUGUCGAACGCUACCGUUUCGAUUGCGAAUGUCGAGAAUGCGCAUCAUUCGACCCGGCUGCUUGCCCAAACCACACUACGCAACACGAUGGGUACACGGCAUCUGCACGAAAUCCUCAGCGAGCGGAUGACAAUCUCCGGCAGCAUGCAGCUGUCGCUCGACGAAGCGACCGAAGCUUGGGGCAUUAAGGUGGAGCGCGUCGAGAUCAAGGACGUGCGUUUACCGGUGCAGCUGCAGCGUGCAAUGGCGGCCGAAGCAGAAGCCGCCCGGGAAGCUCGUGCCAAGGUAAUUGCGGCGGAAGGUGAGCAGAAGGCAUCGCGGGCACUCCGGGAAGCCUCGGAGGUGAUCGGUGACUCACCGGCUGCACUGCAGCUACGCUACCUCCAAACGCUAAACACCAUCUCGGCGGAGAAGAACUCGACCAUCGUGUUUCCGCUACCGAUCGAUAUACUGACGUACUUCAUGAAGUCGAAAGAGGCGUUCGUGCCGAACGCGUAAGCCUUCACGGUUUCCCUUCAACAAAACCCAACCCUCAAUCUUUUUUUUGCUACCAUUAAGUGCUUCUGUCACAUCCAUUCGGCAUCGUCGUCACACUUUGUCACGGUGUUGCUGCUUUUUUGCGUUACAUUCCCGUACCACAAACUACAUCUAGCAGGGUGUGCGACACUAACACAAAUAGCACAAUUGUUUACACAAACAACGGAUGCUGCUGGUGAGCUGUUUCUCGUCCACCACAUGGAAUGGAUAUUGAUUGUUUGCUAAACUUGCUAAGGUUUUAUUUUAACCCAGUAAAUGUCCUGAAGAAGCAAAAAGAAAAAAAAAACUGACGUCUUUCACUAACAAAAAUGCAUGAGUUGUAGACAGGAGCAGCAGAAAUGAUGACUAAAAUCAAAACCAUUGCGUAGGACACUAAAUGAUAUUCAGACAUAAUGGCUUGUAGGUGGCAUUGUGGAAUCUUUCUUUUUUUAUUGGAAACGAUAAAACAAACAGCCCAAAAUCCAUAAUACAAUUGUAAAGUUGAACGAAAUAGCUGUGCAAAGAAGCAAACGUAGCAAAUGAUUGGGGGGAAACAAAAGUCAAGUUGGAAUGAACGGCGCGUCGAAGGGUAUCGAAAAUGGGAGCCUGAAUCUGUUUCGUUGUCGCCUCUUUUUCGGGUGUUUCGUUCCACUUCGAAAUGGUUGGCUUUAGGGGAUCCAUUGUCCAUUGGUUCUGUCUCCUUACUAGGAACGAUCCUGCUCGUAGUCCUUGAAAGCUUGUUAAAGUUUUUAAUAUAACUUUUGCAAAUUGUUUCCAUUUCCGUUUUCGUCGCCGUCCUUUACCAUGAAGUCCUUUCUAGCAAAUCGAUGGUUUUCCGUUUUUGGUAUGUCUUCACGGUGGUGGUGCUUGUAUCGAUAAGCCAGUCCACCGCCAAUCGUCACCGACGUCCGUUCCAUCCCUUAAAAAUGGAACCCUUCUGGGGUUCGAGUUUAGGCAAAAGUGGAACCUUUUUUUGUUUUUGUUUCAAGCUUAUUCACUGUGAGUGUAUGCAAAACAGGCAUAAAAAAGGAUCGUGCAAUCGUAUAGGCGCAAGUGAAGUUGUUGCUCGGAAUGGAUGAAUUUUUAAGCAUUCAUUUCCCGUUCGGUAAAAGUCGGUCCGGCAUAACUUUUUCAUCUAUCAUGCCGUGGCCAUUUAUGAGGGGAUUGUUUUGAAAGUGGAACAUUGGGAAAACAGCGAAAAAAUAUCUAAAAGGAUGUUUGGAACACACCGUCUAUAGGGUUGGGGAUGAGAUAGAUACCAAAAAAAAGCCCGGAUGAAAUACAAAACGGUACACUUAAGAACAUUAAAAUGAUUGUUUUCAGCGUUUUUUGUUGUUGGUUUUCGGUUAAGGUUUUGCGAUACAAACAAGCACAAUUUAUGCACAAUUAAAAUUUUACAAAAUAUUUUUAUUUCAACCCAAACACAUCUGCCGGACGGGAAGAAUAUUAAAUUGUAAUUUAACUUCCCCUAAAACCUAAUUUAAAACAUUCCACAAAAUUUGACCAUUAUUUUACUAACGUUUAAAUCAGUGUUCCUUUUUGUACUAAAAACGCACGCGUUGUACUAAAAAAACGGUAAUUAAGCAUUUCCUUAGCGUGCACCACACUGAGAUAAGGUAGUGAAUCAUAUCAUUCAUCCUGAGGGCACAUGAUUAUCUAAUUAUAAAGUAUUUCGUGAUCAGUGUGGUAGUUUUGGGCACCAUUCACCGUGUUAGUUUCCUACCUGGCGUGUACUAAUUACAGCUACUAGGAUGUGUUUUUGUUGCACACAUGCUUUUAUCAUCACCAAAACUGUUGACUUGCGUAUUUAAACGAUUGUGUAACUCUUUUACUCAUCGUAUGUAUAAGUUACUUUUGAGUGCGUGUUGCCGCACAUGAAAUCAUACGCACACAUUGAUGUAGUUUUUUCUGUGUGAACCAUUAACCCGCGCACAAGGGGUUAGAUAGACAAAAUUGUAAUGCUCUGACUAUUGUUUCAGAAGUUGAAUAUGUCAAAAAAAAAGAUGUAAAGAUGUUAAUUUCUUCUACCUUAAGCGUGACCGAAAGGCUUCAAAUAAAAAAAAACAGUAAAAAAAAUCACAGAAACAAAACGAAUAAAAACAGAAACCCGGUGUCAAACUGUACAUGCAAAAUAAAUGACCAAUAAAUCAAAAAAAAAAGUGAACAAAACUCGUUGAAAGUGAUAUAAGCUUUAAGAGAGGAUAAAACAGUAUCGCGAACAUGAAAGCACAUAAACAAACACGAAAGCUUAGAUAAAUGCAAACAUUUGUUAAAUGAUAAUGAACACAGGCGAAAAAGCAAACCACGAGAAGAAAGUAAAGCAGGAACACGAAAAAAAAGGAUAACCAAGAAGAAACAAAAAGAGGAAAUAAAGAAAACAUAAAACAGGUGUAUGUUAGUGAACGUAUAUAGACGAUCAGUUGUAAUAGUUUUUCCUUUUCUUGUCAUUCUAAAAUAUCAAGCACAAAAUCAAACACAAAAACAAUAAAUGCACCACUCAUGACAUUCUUUUGGAUAUUCAUUCACAUACCUCACGUAAACAGCAAAACAGUAUAGGAUCAGUGUGGAUAAACACAUUUUUUUCGCCUCAUUUCCUUCAAUUGUACGUGUUAAUAAUAACCAAGUGCAGCGGGACAAAACGGAUGUCCGUUUUUAAUUCUCAUCAAUGUUGUCAUUGCCGUAUUAAAACGAACCAAAGAGAAGCAGAAAACAAAAUCUAUUCUGACAACAAUAACAAACAAAAACGCUAAGAAGUUUAAUCAAGUGAAGAAGAGUACCACUGUAACAUGAUAGUAUAACGAGCCACUUUACCACGUUAGUUAUUUGAUUAUAUUAAUGUUAACAAGUGCCACCGGUGCACACACUUACACAAGAAAGUAAAACAACAGCAACAAAAGUUAAAAGAAAGGAAAGAAAAUAACAAAUCAAUCGGAAAAACAAGUAGAGCAAAGAGGAAAAUAAGAAACAAAACAAACAAAAAAAAAACAGGAGACCCAAUAGAUACUAUACUUAGUGCGGAUGAAAAUAAAAACAAGGUUUAUAAGACGAGAUGUUUUGAAAUUAACGGAUCACUUUCAAACUCGAUGUUCUAAAUAUUUCACUAUCGCUGUGUUCAAUACAGCUUCAUAACUCUGUCCAGGGAAAAUAAAAAAAAAGAAAGAACGGAAGCUCUUCACGCUGCCAUGGGCAAUCUUUCACUCGAAAGUGUCAAAGUAUGUGGAGAAUGGGGAAGCAAAUUGUAAAAUGGAAUUUAUGCUAGACUUUGUUCCCCGGGCCGUGCCCGGUGGAGGAAAAAUAAAGCGGUCAGAAGAGAUGAAGUGGCCGGGGCGGAUUUAGAAGCGUAUCUAGUUAAGUGAUCACACAUACACACAAACACUUAUAUACACACACACACACAAACACAUCCAUCGUCACCGGUUUCGGUUGUCCCGUUCCGUACCUAGUAGGUUCCAUCACACCGUACAUAUGCCCCGGACAAGAAUGUUGAACUAUUUUUCUCGUGUUACUUACAUUUUCAUGAUCCACUCGGAGUGUUUUACUAGUUGAUGGACACAGAUCAAAUCAAAAAAAGUAUAUUAUGCAUAUAACAGAAGAUACAAAAAAAAGGUCAAAAAAUUAUUACAGAGGAAUGAGAAUAUACCACAAAUAUAUUAACGAUGUUGAGCCGGAAUGGAUUACGAUUGUUACGAGGAGUGUAAAACUUUAGAACAAAAAAAAACACACACUCACACAUACAAUGAUUAGUUUUGCAAAACAAAAGAAAAACAGAAACAUCUCAUUAGAAAACCUCUAUCAAAACGAAACUAAAUAACUGAAACGUGUGUUCUGCCAAGUGCAACUACGAACUCAUCAACAACAACGCAGAGAAUACACUGGUGAAACCGUGAGCGCCAAUCACACCCAAUCAUUAAAAAAACAUAACACGUACAACCUUACUGAUUGUGACAAAUGAUCAAAAACAAAUUCAAAUAAACAAAUUCGUAAGAAACAUUUCGUUUUACAGAAAAUGGUACAAAA